AUGGUCACUACCCUCGAGACCCCACCGUCUCACAUUACCCUACCCUCGGGUGACCGCAUGCCCUCACUGGGUCUUGGGUGCUGGCAGGCCCCUCCGGAGCAGCUCUCGCGUGCUGUCGCUCACGCCCUCAGCGUAGGCUACAGGCACAUCGACGGGGCCACUGUUUAUGCCAACGAGGAGGCCUUGGGUGCAGGGGUAGCGGCUUCAGGGGUCCCCCGGUCCCAGAUCUGGAUCACCACUAAGCUGUGGAACACCGACCACCGUCCUAAGGACGUGCGUCCGGCCCUCGAGAAGUCUCUAGCUGCUCUCGGGACGGAGUACGUCGAUCUGUGGCUGAUGCACUAUCCCUGUGCAAUGGACCCGGACACAGAGGAAAUCAAGGUUGUCGAUGUCGACUAUGUUGAGACCUGGAAGGCGAUGGAGGCUUGCGUGAAUGCCGGACUCGCGCGUAACAUUGGCGUCUCUAAGCGGCACCCUUACCUUCCACAGAACGCUUUCAUGGCCUACCACCGAAAGGUUUUGAUCGGGAUGCACGUCACGGCCUAUUCACCGCUCGGGAACACGAAUCCGUCGUACGCAGACCAAAACACGUUGCCGGCGAUCCAAGAAAAUGAGGUGGUCAAAAGCAUCGCGCACAACUAUGGUAUUAGCUCCGCUAACGUGCUCAUCAGUCUUCAGCUGUCGGAGGGACACUCUGUCCUUCCAAAGUCGGUCACGCUUGGGCGUAUUGAAGAAAAUCUCAAUGUUGUCUCCCUCGCCCCCAACGAUAUUGAAGCCAUCUACGAGAGCACAAAGGGGCUUCGACACAGGUAUUGCGAUUGGUCGGACGUGAUUGGUUACAAGUACUAUGCGGACCUGGAUGACUCUGAUUAG